AUGGCCGCCAACGUUCUCGAUCCUGGUCUCAUGCCACCUCCACCUGGACCCAUAACAAUUCGGCAAGCCAUCGACGACCUACAAGUCACCCUCAACCAAAUCCGGCGUAAACUUCGCACCUUGAUCGACUGGUACAUAUUUCCGGAUGUUGUGCCCAAUUCGAUUCAAGCCUAUGAUCCACGACUCCAGAUCCUACAGCUGCGAUUGAAAUCUCUCGCUACCAUCGAUUACCAGCGACUCCCUUAUUUGAUCGACGGCUCAGACGAUCUCGCCUCACAAUACUUGCUACAAAUUGUAGAGCAGCUACUGUCUUCCGUGCGUGGAGUCCAGACCAUCUUCGUGGAACACUACGAUCGGGACCUGCAAGAGCGUCGGCCUUUUGGGACCAUCUGGGAAACUCUUCUCUAUAGACAGGACCAGAUCAAGCAGCUGCCUGCGGUGUGUCCUAGCAUCCCACACCGUGCUGCCCCAGAAGACCUCAGGCCUGCAGAACUUGGCAAUUUCUGUCCUGGGGCUUUGGGGAUCAGCAACCACCGUGACAGAGGCCGACUAGGGUUUGUGGAGAAGAAAGAGCUGAACGACGAUAAUAAGCGCACGCUGAAGGCUUUUGGUGGCGCAUUCUUGAACUGGCAAUGCUCCCACUGCGCCUGCAAAGUACGCUACCACGUCGCCGCCAGCACGUCGUCCAACAUCCACAACACGGACGAGAUUCGCGAGCACCCCGGCUUGGACAUCCAGUAUCGCAGCUCCUUUCUGGCCAAGUGCCAUCUAUACCUACCACCGUCGGAGAAGACGUCCAGCUUGUCCACCUCGACUUCUUUGACAACCCACAACCGGCGCGAUAGCUACGGCGUGGUCAAGUACGGCUGUGUAUUCUGCUUCGCGACCGGCCACGAGCUUGAGCGCGGAUUGACCGCCUUCGCCACCGUGCGUGAAUUCGCCGAGCACCUCGCUCUCGAGCAUAGGCAUCCACUACCGCCGAGUCUACUGAUUCAUCGCUACUCUGUUGCCGUGGAGGGAAAAACCGUCAUCGGCGGUCGGUGGGACUUGAAUUUCUUGUGA